GCCGCAGAAAACAGCAGAACGGAUCAGAAAGGCUAAGAAUGAAGACAACAAAAAAUCUUCAGUCCGAGCACAAGUCUCGCGACAGCAUACUCAAGACAAUCUAUUGGAUGACAUUGGUCACGAAGAGUGGGCAAAAGAGGUUGCGCCUUUGGUAGAGGAGGAAGCCAAACUCCG